GGAAGGCAUUUUAUUUAAUUUAUAGCUUCUCUAUAAAAUAAAAUCAAAACCCUACUUCCUCUUAAACCCUCCUCUAUACCAUUUUCUACUUCUUUCGUUGUCGCCGUUCGUUCACAGCGUAGCCUCUGCUCUCGAAGAUGGCUCCUCCCAGAGGUGGUGGUGGGUUCAGGGGUGGUAGGGGUGACAGAGGUAGAGGAAGGGGUGGCGGUGGAGGAAGAGGAGGAGACAGGGGUACGCCGUUCAAAGCUAGAGGCGGUGGCCGUGGUGGCCGCGGAGGAGGCAGGGGUGGUGGCCGUGGCGGCGGCAGAGGUGGAAUGAAGGGAGGUAGCAAGGUUGUGGUUCAGCCCCAUAGGCAUGAUGGCAUUUUCAUUGCCAAGGGUAAAGAAGAUGCUCUUGUUACUAAGAAUCUUGUUCCUGGUGAAGCUGUUUACAACGAGAAAAGGAUUACCGUUCAGAACGAAGACAGUUCCAAAGAUGAGUACAGAGUUUGGAAUCCUUUCCGUUCGAAGUUGGCCGCUGCCAUCCUUGGUGGUGUUGACAACAUAUGGAUUAAACCUGGUGCCAGAGUCCUUUACCUAGGAGCUGCUUCCGGCACCACUGUUUCUCACGUAUCAGAUGUUGUUGGCCCAACUGGAGUUGUCUAUGCAGUAGAGUUUUCCCAUAGAAGUGGUCGUGACUUGGUCAAUAUGGCAAAGAAGCGAACUAAUGUUAUACCCAUUAUUGAAGAUGCUAGACAUCCAGCUAAGUACAGGAUGUUAGUUGGAAUGGUUGAUGUCAUAUUUUCUGACGUUGCUCAGCCUGAUCAGGCUAGGAUUUUGGGGCUGAAUGCUUCAUAUUAUCUAAAAACAGGGGGUCAUUUUGUUAUUUCAAUCAAGGCUAACUGCAUAGACUCCACAGUCCCUGCUGAGGCAGUGUUUGAAAGCGAAGUGAACAAGUUAAAGGCUGAUCAAUUCAAACCAUUCGAGCAAGUCACCCUUGAACCAUUUGAGAGGGACCAUGCCUGUGUGGUUGGUGGAUACAGAAUGCCCAAGAAGAAAAAAGAUGCUGCUGAGUAGAUUGCUUUCCAGUAGCCAGUAGGCGUGUACCAAUGUUAUUUCAUGAGAUUUGUGUUAAUUUUGUUUCGAAACCUUGGUUAUAAAACAGUUCUGUUUUGAAUUUUGAUAGUUUGAUGUCAGAAUGCCCCAAAAGAAAAAAUAUGCUUCUGAGUAGAUUACUUUCCCGUAGCCAGUAGUGCUAUUUAUGUUCAUCAUCACUUUAUAAUGAUUCAUGGCGUUGGUUUGAAUUUGUAUUAAUUUUGAAAAAUUAAAUUGCUGCUUCUGUUAUGAUAUUGAGGAAUUUGAAU